UGCUCCGGGGUCUGUGAAAGCACGGAGCGCAACGAAGAGCUUCCACACUAACCGUUGUGUCCACUCCCUGAAAACACCAACGUUCCACGCAGAAGAAAACUCUGGAUACCGCUCUGCUUCCCGCUGUGUGCACCAUGGCGUCUAAACCUCACCCUCCUCUAAUGAAGAAGCACAGUCAGACAGACUUGAUAAGCCGUCUGAAGAGCCGGAAGAUCCUUGGAGUUGGUGGCGAGGAUGAUGAUGGGGAAGUGCACCGCUCAAAGAUCAGUCAGAUGCUUGGAAAUGAAAUUAAGUUUGCAGUACGAGAACCUAACGGGCUGAGGGUGUGGAUACUCAUCUCCGCAGUGGGAUUCACAGUAAUGGCUCUGAUGGCUCUGGUGUUCCCCAACCAGCUAUAUGAAGUUGUUUUUGAGGAGGAGCUCUCCACAACUAGCAUCUCUGUUCGCCUUUAUGGAGGAGCGUUGCUUAGCCUGGCCCUCAUUAUGUGGAACGGUCUCUACACAGCAGAAAAGGUCAUCAUCCAGUGGACUCUGCUCAGUGAAGCCUGCUACUUUGCUGUCCAGUUUCUAGUGACGUCCAUCACCUUAAUGGAGAUCGGCAUCCUGCCCUACACUGCCAUGCUCCUGCUCCUCAGUCGAGUGCUCUUCCUGGCGGUCACCAUGGCUUACUACUACCACCUGGGUCGUAAGCCAAAGAAAAUCUGAGCUGACCAUGUGAUACUUCAGGAAAGAGAGCACAGAUCACAAACACGGGGUCAGAAGGUUUGGAUUAUAAUUUGACUGGGGCUUGGAGCAUUACUUUGCCUGGAAAUGCCCCCUGCCCCUUCCAUGGGACAUAGCCUAACCCCCCCAUUAUUUAACAGAUGAGCGCAGUGCCAUAUUGGAAACUUUACAGUAAGAACGGAAAACCUCACAGUGACGGUGAACUACUCUUUAACUGGGCUGCGAGGUCAAGCCCCCUCUUGACACACAUUCCUCUUUUGUGCAGUUUCUGUUGAUGUUACUAAAAAGCAGGAGCUAACCCGAUGUAGUGCAUUGCAUUUGUAUAACCUUGAUGUCUGAAUUAAUGUGUACAGGAUGCUUUCAAACACCUGGCUAUAUUAUUCAUGUACAGCUACAUGAUCUCCAGAUGCCGUAUUUAGUGUGUGUGUGUUUUUUUUUUUAUAAUAAGUUGCAUCUUGACUCUGUUUUCUAAUUUAUGGUCCUGAACCAUGAGUUUAUCACUUAUUUCUGGUUUGAUCAUGCAGUAUGUCUACUACAUUGACGUGUGAAAGCCUGAAUUUCUGACAGCUUUCCACUAAUGGAAAACGCAUUAGCUGUGCAUAGAGUAGUGUGCGAUUCAGAUAAGAUAAAUGCUGGAUGACUGACAGCGAACCUUUUUCUGCACUGCUUAUAGGUUGUUUUGGCCAGCAUAAGAAAAAAAUUUUUUUUUACAAAACUUUUUUCAUGUUUGGUUUUUUUUCAUAUUUAAAUGGCCUAAAUGUUAUGCUGAACUUGCAGUUACUAUUUUAGUCCACAUGAUUGCAGUCAAGAGUCUCUAUCAUAGUAAACAGAAUACUUUCAGAACUGAAAACAACAUAAGUAAUGUAGAGAAAUGCACAUAUGUAAUGACUUCUAUUAGAGAGACUGUUAGUUCAAACUCCUGCUGCAUGUGAAGUUUUACACAGAUUUCAGCCUGAGUGAAAGACUGACUUUUACUUAAAAGCUAGUGUGACAAGUCGAGCAUGUCAGCGUACAGGAUAAAUGAAGCUAAGCUGGCUUCUCUUUAGUGAUGUAGCACAAACCUUUAUUUUUUUUAUUUUUCUUUCUUUUUUUUAUGUGCGCCAUGUCAUUAGUCUUGCCUUAAAACUACUUAAAACAGUCAUCCACACUGCAUCUUACUACUUAUACAUGUGUAAAUAAAAGUACCUACUAGAAUUUUGGUGUUCUUGUGGACCAAACAGGGAAAUUGUUCAGUGUUAGUUAAAUGAUUAUCAAAGGUUAAUCCUUUUUUGGUGUCUUAUUUUGUACUUGUUUAAAUUAUAUUGUGAGUUGAUGUAAUGCAUGCAAUAUAAUUCAUAAAAGGAAAUGGCACAAACUGUGUAGCAAUGUGCAACCAACCACAAAGUAGAAGGAUGUUAAUGAUGACUUGUUGCUGUAACCAAAAUGAUCAACAAAAUUUCAAAUAAAGCUAAAGAGCUCGUAUUCUGAGAAUUUCAGUAAGUGAGCCUAAAAACAGAUAAAAACUUUUUACACUUUUUUUUUUAAAUCAGUUUAAGUAUAUUUUCUACCUCUGAAUACACAGUCCUAAUUUGUCAAAUGUAAUCUCUUCAACUCACACUGGUUAGCUACAGCCUGUCGACAGUACGUACAGAGGAAUUAAUGUGCAAAUGUAACUUGAAGUAUCAUUUUGAGUAAAAUGGGAAAUGUACUCCAGGUUUCCAGUGGUGGUCCAUAUUCUUGAAGGGGCCACACUGAGUCCUGCUCUUGAAGUGAGAGGUCUUGAAGGCAGAGUGAUUGUGGUUGCAAAUCCAACCCUGUAGGCAGAUGUGCUCGUUACUUGGGCAAACUUAAAGUUCAGAUAGGGAAUGUGAUACAUAGGCGAGGUCUCUUGUACCCCUAAAGAGCAGUAAUUAUCUUUUUAGAGUGUUUAAUUAGAUGGAGGUCUCCCAAGUAACACUGUGUAUGCCAACCUAUAGUACUGCUCUGUCCUGACUAGCAUAAUUAUGGAGUUCAAGGAACAUGUCAUUCCAUUUCCGUCAGUACUACAGGCCUACAAUGAUCAGCCUCUCAAAAUGUUUGUAAGGCAGGUUAUUUUUGGAGAGAUUGGCAAUUUUGCAGAGGAAGGGAGACAGAAAGACUCUUUCAUCCUGCUGGAUGGGUCAUAAAUUAGACAGCAUUUUACACUGGUAACUAGUUUUUUUUAUUCAGUCCCCUCAUUCAACAUAUGUUCUACUGUUAUUAACAGCAUACCUUGUCACACUGUUUCAAGUUGUAGCAAUGUGUUUUUCUGUAUAUAUGUGGUAUAUUGUAUCUAAGAAACUGUCAUGGAUUUCCAUUAAUUAGUAUGAAAUAAAGAAAACAAAUUGUUUAUUCACUGAA